UGUGAGAUUGCGAAUGCCUGCAAAAUCCUCUAAGAUGUACAGCACGCUGCGGAAGGGGUCAGUCUGUGCGGAUCCCAAGCCUCAGCAGGUGAAGAAGAUCUUUGAAGCAUUGAAAAGAGGCCUCAAUCAACAUGUAGGUCAGAGUGUGGCGUGUGCUCAGCCCGGUCCUUGGGUGGUGGGAACCUGGCAGUGACUAAGGCAGGAGGACUCUGCUCUUGUAAAGCGUGAAGUACAGAGGAGCAGAUUUGAUGGCAUCAAUAAGGAAGCAAUACAGUCAAAUCAUCAAUCGGUCAUGGAACUUCGCCUGUGCUGAGUGCAAUGAAGAAAGGUAACGGGGAGGUGGUACGACGACGGCCUCGGCGGAGAGGAUGAUCCUGGUAUGCACCGAGGAGGUACUGCCAGUGUCUGACGCACAAACAGCCUGAGAAGCCGCUGCCAUGCUCACUUCUGGGGGACAGGUGUUGUAGGCAGAAGCAACGGCACGGGCAAAGGCCCCGCAGUGGGAGCCUGCACCAUGAGCUCACACAUGCAAGAGGUCAGGGCAGUGGGUGUCCCAGCGAGGGACAGACUUGCUCAGAGAGCGACUGAUGAGCUGGGCCGAGGCCCACCCAGGAAGAGUGAGUCACUCCACAAAAUUUUUUUUUUUUUGAGAUGCUCUGUCACCCAGGCUUCAGAGCAGUGGCACAAUCUUGGGUCACUGCAACCUCCACCUUGGGGGUUCAAGCAAUUCCCCUGUUUCAGCCUCCUAGCUGGGACCAUGGGUGCACUCCACCACACCCAGCUGAAAUUUUGUAUUUUCAGUAGAGACAGGGUUUCACCAUGUUGACCUCAAGUAAUCUCCUUGCCUUGGCCUCCCAAAGUGCUGGGAUUACAGGUGCAAGCCACUGAGCCCAGCCCACACAUACUUACUGAGGCAUAUAGAGUGCCCAGCCAGGGGACAGAAGUAAACUAAACACAGGAAAUCCCUACCCCUCCGAGGAGCUGACUCCUAGUGGGGGAGAGACACAUGAUACAAUACAGAACAGAAAGUACAGAGAAUGUCUGAUGGUGGUAAGGGCUACAGUGGAAAACAGCCAUGGUAAGCAGGCGGAGGCAGGGAGGAUUCAUUUUAAAUUGGGUGGUUGGAAGGAAGGCCUUGUUAAGAAGGUGACACUGGAGCACAUGCCUGAAGGGGUGAAGGAGUGAGCCAUGCAGAUAAUGGCAAAAGAACAUUCCAGGCCAGAGUAGCCACACAUGCAAAGGCCCUGGGGUACAGCAAGGAGGCCAUCGUGGCUAGAGCCAAAGGAAAAAGGAUGAGGUCACAGGGCGAUGGGGACCAGAUGACAGGGGCCUUUGUGGGCUAAAGAGUGGUUUCUGGAGUGAUUUUUUUGCCCAGAUACAGUGGUACUUAGACCCUAAAUGCUCUCCUACCUGCAUCUCUUUUUAUAGACAGGGCAGCCCAAAGAGGAACCAGAGUCAAUUAAAAGUUUAAACCACCUUAGAAUGAAACGGUUUUCAAAAUAUACAUCCUUGGCUGGGUGCAGUGGCUCACCCUGUAAUCCCAGGACUUUGGGAGGCUGAGGCAGGUGGAUUCCUUGAGCCUAGGAGUUCGAGACCAGCAUGGCAACAUGGCAAAACCCUGUCUCCACAAAAAAUACAUAAAAUUAGCUGGGCAUUGUUGCAUGCACCUGUGGUCCCAGCUACUCGGGAGUCUGAAAUGAGAGGAUUGCCUGAGCCUGGAGGUGGAGGCUGCAGUGAGCUGUGAUUGUGCAGAGUGGGGGCUGGGUGUGCAUGGAGGGGAGAGGCGUGUUUCCGAAGGGAGCUUCUGUGUCCUUUAAGGACCACAUGUUUGAGACUUGUCUGGGGCCAAGGCACCCGCUUCUUCCCAGAGAGCUCGACGCCUCAGUGAGUAGCAGCCUGGCAGAAGCUCUCUCUUCCACAUUUGAGGUGAUGUCAGUGUAGCCCAGAGAGGGUGAGUGACCUUCCUGGGGUGACUCAGCAAAUCUAGCAAGAUGGGACUCCUGCCCUGGCCCUCAAAUCUAGACCCUUGACUGUGAGGGAAGUGUGCCAUGCUGACCUUCCCAUGAGCUGGAACCCAGCUUGGGAGGAGUAUAACAUGGAGGUGAAGACUUUGGGUUCUGAGGCCACUGUGUGCUUUCAAACCUGGGUUCAGCCUCUUUGCUGUGUGACCAGGGCUGGGGUACUCUACCUUCAAGGGUUGGUUUGUCCAUCUCUAAAAUACGUAUACCAGGUUGGGCAUGGUAGCUCACGCCUGUAAUCCCAGCACUCUGGGAAGCUGAGGCAGACAGAUCACCUUAGAUCAAGGAGUUUGAGACCAGGCUGGCCAACAUGGUGAAACUCUGUCUCUACUAAAAAUAUAAAAAUCAGCCAGGUUUGGUGGCACACACCUGUAGUCCCAGCUGCUCAAGAGGCUGAGACACAAGAAUCAUUUGAACUUGGGAGGUACAGGUUGCAGUGAGCUGUGACUAUACCACUACACUCCAGACUGGGAGAGAGUGGGACCUUGUUUCAAAAGAAAAAUAAAUAAAAUGCAUAUAACAAGAGUAGGACCUACUUGUGGGCCCAGUGGGGGAAUUAACUGGGGACCUCCCUGUAAACCAUUUGUUGUGGUACUGGGCACACAGCCUCCAGUGUGAGGGCGUGGGGCUUCCUGGCUGCCUCUGAGCCCCGUAUCUGCUCUCCACACAAGGACACUGUCCAUCUGGCCUGUUUCCUUUCCCUUUCUUGUUCCUCUUCCGUUGGAAACUUCCUCACCCUCCUUGCAGGGAGCAUCUGUGUGUGCAGCAGGCUGAGCUGGACCACCUGUCUGGAUGCCACAAGGACACCAGGAGGAAUUCGAGGCUGGUGAGACCCCUCUCUUCCCCCAGCCUAUGUCAUGGUGUGAAUCUGUCUGGGAACUAGAGGUUUACGGAGUAGCCUCUUUAUGUUGCGCUGAGUUAAUUUCACUUUGACGCAGACAGCAGUUCACACCUUUGAGGCCCGCGUUGCACUCUCAGUUCUAGAAGUUGCGCUAAGGUGGGCAGUGUAUAGAGGUGCGUUUGUUUUAUGUGGUCCUGCUUUAUAGACCUCGGCCAUCAGGUGAUCUGGACGCGGGAUGGCUUCUGUGAUGCCAGGAAAGUGGGUCAGGUGUUGAAUCUUGGGUAUGUCGCAGUGGCCUCUGCUGCUGUCCUUGAUGAAGCCUGCGUGUUUCUCCAAUGUCCAGCUGCCAGGCAGCGUUUCCUGCCAUCAUCAGGACAGUGUCUUUUUUGUAUGUUUGUUUUUUGAGACAGGAUUUCCCUUUAUCGCCCAGGCUGCAGUGCAGUGGCACAAUCUCGGCUCACUGCAACCUCCGUCUCCCGGGUUCAAGCAAUCCUCUCAUCUCGGCCUCCCAAGUAACUGAGACUACAGGCUUGCACCAGCAUGCACAGCUAAUUUUUAAAUUUUUUGUAGAUAUGAGGUCCCAUCAUGUUGCCAAGGCUGGUCUUGAGCUCCUGUGCUCCAGCAAUCCUCCCUCGUCGGCCUCCCAAAGUGCUGGGAUUACAGGUGUGAGGCACUGCGCUGGCCAAGGCAGUGUCUCUGAUGCUGACCCUGGGCCCUCUGUUGCCUAAAGCUCACCUGCUCUUGUUUUUGCUUCUCCCUUAGCAGAGACAGACUUAGCAAAACGCACACACACUUGCAAAUAGCAUGCCCCAUUAAACUAUUUUUAUGUGGUUUACGGAGUCUCGCUCUGUCGCCCAGGUUCAAGUGCAGUGGCACAAUCUCGGUUCACUACAACCUCUGCCUCCUGUGUUCAAGCGAUUUUCCUGCCUCAGCCUGAGUGGCUGGGAUUAUAGGCACGCUUCACCACACCUGGCUAAUUUUUGUAUUUUUAGUAGAGACAGGGUUUCGCCAUGUUGGCUAGUGAUGGUCUCCAUCUACUGACCUCGUGAUCUGCCCACCUUGGCCUCCCAAAGUGUUGGGAUGACAGGCGUGAGCCACUGAGCCCAGCAUUGUUUUUUUUGGUUUUGUUUUUGAGAUGAAGUCUUGCUCUGUUGCCCAGGCUGGAGUGCAGUGGCAUGAUAUUGGCUCACUGCAACCUCCACCUCUCAGGUUCAAGCGAUUCUGCUGCCUCAGCCUCCUGAGUAGCUGGGAUUACAGGCACAUGCCACCGUGCCCAGCUGUGUGGUUUUUGUUUGUUUGUUUGUUUGUUUGUUUUGCAUUUUUAGUAGGGACAGGGUUUCACCAGGUUGACCAGGCUGCUCUCAAACUCCUGACCUCAAGUGAUCCGCCUGCCUCAGCCUCCCAAAGUGCUGGGAUUACAGGCAUGAGCCACUGUGCCUGGCCUCUCAUUAAAUUUGAUUUUCAGACACAUUACAAAUUUGUUUAGUAUUAGUGUAUCCCAUGUAAUCUUUGGGACAUACGCUAAAAUAAUUGUUCCUUGUUUACUGAAAAUUUUAAUUAGGUGUCCUGUAUUUUAUCUGGUGAUACUGAGACUUCCAUCUUUCCGGUGGGAAGAUCUUCCUUUCAUCUGGGAAAUCUCUCCACUGCUGUCUUGUGAAAACCCCGCGUGUCCUUAAUGAAUUAGAUUUGGAAACAAAAACAAGGAGGCCUUGCCGCUGUGGGAUCCUCCUCCCAGCCAGGGUUUCCCAGAAUCCCUCCUCCAAAGCACCAACAUGCAGAGCAGGCCACCAGCUUGACUGAGGACCUGGGAAAGUGAGGAGGGGAGAUGAAUUUUCUACCAAAAUAGCAUCCAGCGGCCCAGCACGGUGGCUCACGCCUGUAAUCUCAGCACUUUGGGAAGUUGAGGCAAGUGGAUCACUUGAGAUCAGGAGUUUGAGACCAGCCUGGCCAACAUGGUGAAACCCCAUUUGUACAAAAAAUACAAAAAUUAACCGGGCAUAAUGGUGUGCGCCUGUAGUCCAGCUACUCGGGAGGCUGAGGCAGGAGAAUAGCUUGAACUCAGGAGGCAGAGGUUGCAGUGAGGUGAGAUCACACCCCCACGGCACUCCAGCCUAGGCAGUAGAGCCAGGCUCUGAAUGAAUGAAAGAAAGAAAGAAAGAAAAAGAAGCAAGCUGUCAUCUCUGUAUCCUGGCUCCAGCAGAGAAGGCCUCAAGACCGGCAGGGUGGGAGAGGCAGGGGCCCAGCCUGCGUGUGCCAGGGACUUGGGGAGUGAAAGGCCUGCCAAGCUUAGCAUGCCUCGCCUUUGGGUGGUUGGUUGGUGACCAGCAGCAGAUGGUGGGAGGGAGGAGGUGCUGCCAAGAUCUCACCCAGCUCUGGCACCUGCCCCUCUUCUCACACAGGUGCAAGUCUCACCCCGUGGAGUUCCCUUCCCAUUCUUUGUUCUCGAGAAGUAACUCCAAAGUAGGCAAGCGUAAAAUAUGUGUAUGUUUUAGCUGCUCCCAUGUUAUAGAUGGGCACACUGAGGCCAGGGCAAGGCGUGCAGAGCCACGCAGCGGGGUGCCUAUGUCGGGUCCUGUCCCCAUGACCUGUUGCUUCUUAUUUAAACAUGUUGGUUUUUGAGACAUUGCUGGGUAGUCAGUGUUCUUUUCAAAGGCUUGGGAUCUUCCCUUUUUGUCUUUUUUUUUCUUUUUCCUCGGGAUGGAGUCUCUCACUCUGUCACCCAGGCUGGAGCACAGUAGUGCCAUCUCCUUUCACUGCAACCUCCACCUCCCAGGUUCAGGUGAUUCUCCUGCCUCAACCUUCUGAGUAGCUGGGAUUACCGACACACACAAUCAUGCCAGGAUAAUUUUUGUAUUUUUUAUUUAAUAGAGAGGGGGUUUCACCAUGUUGGCCAGGCUAGUCUCAAACUCCUGACCUCAGGUAAUCCACUCACCUCAGCCUCCCAAAAUGCUAGGUUAUAGGUGUGAGCCACUGUGCCUGGCCUAUUUCUUAAUUUUUUAAAUGGAGUUUUAAUUGUUUCUUAAUUUAAAAAAUAUUUUAUUUAUUCUUCAAGACACAAGGUCUUACUCUGUCACCCAGGCUGAAGUGCAGUGGUGCGAUCACAGCUCACUGUAACCUUGAACUCCUGGGCUCAAGCAGUCCUCCUACCUCAGCCUCUAGAGUAGCCGGGACUACAGGUGUGUUCCACCAGGCCUGGCUAAUUUUUAAAUUUUUGUAGAGAUGGGGUCUUGCUGUGUUGCCCAGGCUGGUCUUGAACUCCUGGGCUCAAAUGAUCCUCCUGCCUUGUCCUCCCAAAUCACUGCUAGGAUUACAGGUGUGAGCCACAUCACCUGGCUUAAAUGGAGUUUUUAUUUCAUUAUCGCACAUGUACAAUUCCACAUAUAUUCAUACAUGGGACUUUUUGGAGUUGAAUCCUUCUUUCUUGAUUGACGCCCUCCUCCACUCAAUCUGUGUCCCACCCUGUUUAACCCUUGAGAAUGAUCUUGUAUUGAUCUUUCCAUAGUUUUCUCUUGUAUUGAUCUUUCCAUAGUUUUCUCUCUGGUCACAUAAUCACGUAAAUGCAUUUAGCAGUUUUGAGUUAAUGGUUGUCUUACAAAAACGAAAUCUCGGCUGGGCUCAGUGGCUUGAGCCUGUAAUCUCAGCACUUUGGGAGGCUGAGGCAGGUGGAUCGUGAGGUCAGGAGAUCAAUACCAUCCUGGCUAACAUGGUGAAACCCCAUCUCUACUAAAAAUAUAAAAAUUAGCCAGGCAUGGUGGCAUGUGCCUGCAAUCCCAGCUACUAGGGAGGCUGAGGCAGGAGAAUUGCUUGAACCCGGGAGGUGGAGGUUGCAGUGAGCCAAGAAUGAACCACUGCACUCCAGCCUGGGCGACAAGAGUGAAACUCCAUCUCAAAAAAAAAAAAAAAAAAAAAAUAGAUGGCGUUUCACCAUGUUGGCCAGGCUGGUUUUGAGCCCGCCUCGGCGUCCCAAAGUGCUGGGAUUACAGGCGUGAGCCACCGCACCCAGCCAGAAAUCUCAAUUGACAUGCUCUCCUACACCUUCCUUUCUCUCCCUGGUGGAUGUCCACGGUAACCCUCCAGGCUCAGAUAGAGUGACUUUCAUUUCUACUGCCAGUUAACAGCCAGGGGAGAUUCGAUUGCUAUAUUUUAAAUUUAGAGUCACUUAAAAAACAUGUUUUUUUAAACAUUUAUGUUUGUUAAACAUUUGUUUAAAAAAAUGUUUCUUGGCCACACUCGUCCAUUUACAUACUGCCUAUGGCUGCUUCCACGCUAUGGUGGCAGAGGGGCUUAGUUAGGACAGAACUUCGACCCUGAUGGAUUUAACCCCACAGGCAGGUGCAGCAGUUCACAUGUCUUAGGCCCACUUCCCACUCUUUCUUGAUUCUAGAAAUAACUUUAAGGUAGGCAAAUGAGUGUAUGUUUUACUUUUUUUUUUCUUUUUUGAGAUGGAGUCUCACCUGUUGCCCGGGCUGAAGUGCAGUGGUGCAAUCUUGGCUCACUCCACCUCUCAGGUUCAAGCGAUUCUCCUGCCUCAAGCCUCCCGAGUAGCUGGGAUUACAGGCACACGCCACCAUGCCCAGCUAAUUUACGUAUUUUCAGUAGAGAUGGGGUUUCGCCAUGUUGGCCAGGCUGGUCUCAAACUCCUGACAUCAAGUGAUCUGACCACCUCAGCCUCACGAAGUGUUGGAUUACAGGGGUGAGCCACUGUGCCUGGCCGGAAUGGUCCUACUUUUUUUUUUUUUUUGAGAGGAAGUCUCACUCUUGUUGCCCAGGCUGGAGUGCAAUGGCACCACCUCGACUCACUGCAAACUCCGCCUCCUGGGUUCAAGCAAUCCUCCUGCCUCAGCCUCCCGAGUAGCUGGGAUUAUAGGCACCUGUCAUCAUCCCUGGCUAAUUUUUUGUAUUUUUAGUGGAGAUGGGUUUCACCAUAUUGGCCAGGCUGGUCUCGAACCUCUGAUGUAAGGUGAUCCACCCACCUCAGCCUCCCAAAGUGCUGGGAUUACAGGCAUGAGUCACCAUGCCGGCUAGAAUGGUCCUGGUUUAUAGAUCUUGGCAUGGGUGCCCUGGAAUGCCAAGCCUCAAAUAUUUACUGUCUGCCUUUUAGAAAGCCGUGGAAAGGUUUGCCUGCCCUGAUGACGUAUUAUUUGUCUUGGUUGUAUACUGGCCCCUGGAAUGGAUGGACUGAACUGAAGAAUUCGCCGUGAAGGCUUGAACUUGUGUGCCAUCUGUUCCAUCCCCCUCACGUUCUUUUGGUCAUGGGUGAAGCCAUCCCUUUAAUCCCAGUGGUUCCCAUUUUGUCAAACACCUACUGUGUCCUUUUUUUCUCCCUAAGAGGUAGGCGCUUCUCCUACCCUGCUUUACAUAUGAGGAAAUGGAGGCCCAGAGAGGUUGAAUGUCUUGCCUGGGACACACAGCUGGGAAGUAGAAGAGCCAGACCUAGAACCGCCUCAUCCAGCGUGCAUGUGUUUAAUCACUACCGUCCUUGGCAUGGCCAGCCGCCUGCCGUUGGCAGAGGAAGGAGCAGGGGUGGCUGCAGGCAUAGCUUCUUGUCCUCUGACUAAGCUCAGGUGCCGCCAGGAUAGAGCCUCACAGGCCUUGGGGGAGUAUCUGGGACUCUGACACUUUCUUCCACCCUCCUUUCUCCCCCACAGGCUUUCUAUUAUGACCUGGACAAGGUGAGUCUGCAUAUGAUGAGUGAGGUGGGCUAGGACCGGCUGAAUGAGAAUGUGUCUCAUUGCAUCUUCCUGGCUGCCCCAUGGGCAGAAUCCCUGGGUUUCCUCCCCAUUUUAGGAAUGGGAAGGCGGAGGCUCUGCGAUGAGCCUUCCUGGGGGAUGGUGAGGGGCUGGCCUGGCACUAAGCCCCUUUCUCUGCCUUAAGACCUGCAGGAGGGUGGCGGGGCAGGCGGGGCUGGUGGGGUACCCAGGCGACUUUGCAAACAUCUUCCCUUUUUCUGGGAGAAGCAAACGCGCUGUGUGGAAAGGCACAUUCGGAAGAUGGAGUUUCACAUCAGCAAGGUGGAGGAGCUGUAUGAGGACUACUGCAUCCAGUGCCGCCUGCGCGACGGUGCCUCCAGCAUGCAGCAGGCCUUCACCAGGUGCCCCCCAAGCCGCGCGGCCCGAGAAAGCCUGCAGGAGCUGGGCCGCAGCCUGCUCGAGUGCGCUGAGGACAUGUGGCUCAUCGAGGGGGCCCUGGAGGUUCACCUGGGCCAGUUCCACAUCAGGAUGAAAGGCUUGGUGGGCUACGCACGCCUCUGUCCCGGAGACCAGUAUGAGGUGCUCCUGCGUCUGGGCCGCCAGCGCUGGAAGCUCAAGGGUCGGAUCGAGUCGGAUGACAGCCAGAUCUGGGACGAAGAGGAGAAGACCUUCAUCCCCACGCUGCACGAGAACCUGGACAUCAAGGUGAUGGAGCUGCGGGGCCUGGGCUCGUUGGCUGUGGGCGCAGUGACAUGUGACAUCGCCGACUUCUUCACGAUGUGGCCACAGGUCAUCGUGGUAGACAUCACGGAGCUGGGCACCAUCAAGCUGCAGCUGGAGGUGCAGUGGAACCCAUUUGAUACUGAGAGCUUCGUGGUGUCACCCAGCCCCACAGGAAAGUUUUCUAUGGGCAGCAGGAAGGGCUCCUUGUACAACUGGACACCCCCGAGCACCCCCAGCUUCCGGGAGAGAUACUACCUGUCUGUCCUACAGCAGCCAACGCAGCAGGCGUUGCUACUGGGUGGCCCCAGGGCUACCCCAAUCCUCAGCUACCUGUCUGACAGCGACCUUCGGGGUCCCAGCCUGAGAAGCCAGAGUGAGGAGCUGCCUGAGAUGGACUCCUUCAGCUCUGAGGACCCCCGAGACACAGAGACCAGUACGUCAGCGUCCACAUCCGAUGUGGGCUUCCUGCCCCUGGCCAUCAGCCCCCACGCCUCCACUGAAGAGGAGGCCCGGGAGGAACCCCCGUCCCCAGGUGUCUUGCCACAGAUGGCCCACUUCUCAGGAGGCCCAUUUGCAGAGCAGCCCGGCUGGAGGCACCUAGGAGUGGAGAGCCCCAGCCUGCCACGGGGCUCCCCAUUCCCCAAUGGCACAGCCCCAAGCAGCCAGAAAGGCCAUGAGGAAGGGGCAACCGGGGACAGAGAGGACAGGCCUGGCUUGGUCCUUGAGGGGCCUCUGCAGGAGGUCCUGGAGUUGCUGAGGCCCACAGACUCUACCCAGCCCCAGCUCCGGGAGCUGGAGUACCAGGUCUUGGGCUUCCGAGAUCGGCUGAAGCCCUGCAGAGCAAGGCAGGAGCACGCCUCAACCGAAAGCCUGAUGGAGUACAUCCUGGAGAGCUUUGCCUUCCUCAAUGUUGACUUCACCCCAGAUGAGCUAUCCCUGUUUGGGGGCUCCCAGGCUCCCCGAAGGGACCAGCCCCUGCCCCCACCACCAUCGCUGAAAGCGUCAUCCAGGGAACUCACAGCUGGCGCCCCAGAGCUGGACGUGCUGCUGACGGUACACCUCCGAGUCUGCAAGGCUCUGCUGCAGAAACUGGCCUCCCCUGAUUUAUCAAGGCUGGUCCAGGAAUGCCUCCUGGAAGAAGUGGCACAGCAAAAGCACGUUCUGGAGACACUUUCUGUCCUUGACUUUGAGAAGGUCGGCAAGGCAACAUCCAUCGAAGAGAUCAUUCCACAGGCCUCGCGGAGGAAGGGGUGCCUGAAGCUGUGGAGAGGGUGCACGGGGCCUGGUCGGGUCCUGUCCUGCCCUGCUGUGACGCUGCUGAACCAGCUCAAGAAGACCUUCCUGCACAGAGUCAGAGGGAAAUACCCGGGCCAGCUGGAAAUAGUGUGCCGCAGGCUCCUGGAGCAGGUGGUCAGCUGUGGUGGGCUGCUCCCUGGAGCUGGGCUCCCUGAAGACCAGACCAUCACCUGGUUCCAGUUUCACAGCUACCUGCAGAGGCAGAGUGUCUCUGACCUGGAGAAGCAUUUCACCCAGCUCACCAAGGAAGUGACACUCAUCGAGGAGCUCCACUGCACGGGCCAGGCCAAAGCAGUCCGGAAGCUACAGGGGAAGCGGCUGGGCCAGCUCCAGCCCCUGCCCCAGACCUUAACAGCCUGGGCGCUGCUCCAGCUGGACGGCACUCCGAGGGUGUGCAGGGUGGCCAGCGCUCGCCUGGCGGGUGCAGUCAGGAACAGAAGCUUCCGGGAAAAGGCUCUGCUCUUCUACACAAAUGCCCUGACAGAGAACGACGCAAGGCUUCAGCAGGCUGCAUGCCUGGCGCUCAAACAGCUCAAGGGCAUUGAAAGCAUCGACCAGAUUGCCAGCCUGUGCCAGUCUGACCUGGAGGCCGUGCGGGUGGCAGCCCGGGAAACCACACUGUCAUUUGGUGAAAAAGGACGGUUAGCUUUUGAGAGGAUGGACACACUCUGCUCAGAACAAAGAGAAGUCUUUGGCCAGGAGGCAGAUGUUGAAAUCACAGUAUUUUAAAAUAUCCUGGCUGAUGAGCAAAUCUCACCUCGGUUUUUUUGCUCCUGCUUGGCCUGGAUAUAACACCUGAGCUCUGGGUAAUGGUGCCGUCUGCUCCUCUAGGAGUGUGAGCUGCCCAGCGCUCUGCCUGAGGCUCCGGCCACUGACCCAGGGCAUAGGCUGGUCUUUUGGACAGGAUAGAAAAAUGCAAGGCCAAGUACAGCAUUCCAGGGGCUGCACUGCCUCAACAGAGCCCCCAACUUCUGGCUGAGGGUGUGUGUGACUUUCCCCAAGAUGCAGAGCCGAGCCGCACUUGGUGGCCACCUAUAAGAGGGCCAAGGCCAGGUAAAGUGAGGCCCUGAAUAAAAGGUUCCACAAUGAGGGUAUGGAACUCCAGGCCUCCCUGCCACUCAGCACUUCUGGGUCAACAGACAAUGGGAUGGAGGAGGCUGUUCAAGUCAUCUCAGCAGCAGCCAGCUGUCACCCCGGUGAGCUGGGGAAGGUGGGAAGGCACAAAGCCAGGGUUUCUAUAGCCACACUCUCGGCCUGACCUGCAGCCAGCAUGCCAUGGAGCCCACGGACAGCGGCUGCUGGACUGUGAACCUCACGUUCCCUAUGCUCAGCGGCACGAAGGGAAGAAGCCACCACAUCAGCCCAGGAGCCGCUUGCUACCCAAAUGCAAUCCAGCUUCGGAGUCAGUCCAGGGCUUUGUCAAUAAACUGCUCCAGAAGCCAUCAGCUGCCCCGAAGAAAGAGUUCGCUGAAGAACAUGUUGCUUUAAAGAAAGAAAAUUGAUUUCCUACUUAAGUCUAUUAGAAAAAAGCAAACCACAUCCUGAGAGUCCGUUAAUGUAGAGAGCCUAGGCUUUGAGGUGUUGUAACCACGGCAUCGGAGAACUUUCUCAUCCAAACUUCCUGUGUACAUUUUGUGCUUUUUUUGGUUUAACUUGGUAUUUAUUUGCCUUGUUCAUAUGUUCAAUUUUCUGAAAUUUCAAUUAAACUUUUAAUUGGUGUUUCACUUCUUACCUAAAA